AUGAGUUGUGAUUUGAGUAAUAAAGAGUGGCCUCCGUAUUUGGAUGAAUAUGAAAAGCUCGUUAUUCGAAUGUCCACGCCAAGGGUCAUUAUCGACAAUGGCAGCGGCUCUAACGAGACCAGGCUAAUGAUUGAUAGUGCCAGAAAACAUGGGAUCCUUCUAGAAGCCGUCCAAGUCCUGACGGAUCUCAACCUGUCGAUCAAGAAGGCCUACAUCUGCUCCGACGGCCGGUGGUUCAUGGACGUUUUUCAUGUGACCGACUUGAAUGGAAACAAACUAACCGAUGACAGUGUCCUAGGCCGCAUUCAACAGUCGCUCGAGACUGUCCACUACGGCCAGCCCACGAGACCCAAGGGCCCGACGGCCUUGGAGCUAACGGGCACGGAUCGGGUCGGGCUUUUAUCCGAGGUUUUUGCCGUGCUUACUGAAAUGAACUGCAACGUGGUUGAAGCUAAGGUGUGGGCCCACAAUGGCCGGGUCGCGUCACUGAUUUAUGUCAAGGACCGCCACACAGGCUGCCCGAUUGAAGACGAGGAUAAAUUAGACGCGAUUGGGUGCGUAAUAAGGAACGUGCUUAAGGGGGACGAUAUUGACACGAUUUGGAGCGCGAAAACCUCAGUUUCGUGUGCCGUGACUCAUACGGAGAGGAGGCUACAUCAGCUGAUGUUUGCCGACCGAGACUACGACAAGGAGGCCUCGGGUGGACCCGGUUCGUGCCCGAGUGUCUCGGUUAGGAAUUAUUUGGAGAAAGAUUAUUCGGUCGUGAAUGUUCAGUGUCGGGACCGGAACAAGCUCUUGUUUGAUGUUGUUUGCGCGUUGACCGACAUGGAUUACGUCGUUUUCCAUGCCACGGUCGACACGUCGGAGGAUUCGGCAUCUAUGGAAUUUUUCAUCAGGCGUACGGACGGAAUGCCGAUUAGCUCGGAGGCCGAAAAGGAGCGUUUGAUACUCUGUCUGCAGGCUGCGAUCGAGCGUAGGUCAUCGAAGGGCGUGAGGCUCGAGCUUUGUGCGGCCGAUAGAAACGGGCUUCUAGCGGACGUGACACGAGCUUUCCGUGAAAAUGGGCUAAGCAUCGCACGUGCGGAAAUAUCGACAUCUUGGGAUAUGGCUCGAAACGUAUUCUACGUGACGGAUGCAGUAGGGAACACGGUCGACCCUGAGAUUGUAGAGUUGGUGAGAGAAAAGGUCGGUUUUGAGGAUUUGAAAAUUACAAAAACGCCCUCCGAGUGUGGUCGGAAGAUCGAGAGGGAGUCCCCACGGAUGGGGACAGGUGGCGCCGUUAUGCUUUCGAUCGAGAGCAUGUUCAUUGACUUCGUUGAAAGGGACACAGUAGAAAUCAAAAGCUGUUGUAUUUAUGCACUUUCUAAAAGGCCACAAACUGAAAAUGAUCUCAUGACUAUGACAACUGGCGAAACCAGGAUCCCAGCACGGGGAGAGCCCAGAUUCAUCUUCUUCCGGGCCUCCGGCGGCAUUGGAAGGGCGCUCAAAGAGCGCCCUUCCAUUUCCAGCCCCUUCGAUUGCCUCAACCUCUCACCAAAACUCCCAAAUUUUUUUUUUGGGAGGGCCGGCGCCACUCCGACUCUCAAUGUGGUUUCGCCACUGCCUCACUGGCAAGUCGACUGA